UGGCUAAUGGCGUGAAGUUUAGUUAGUUUGCUUUUGGCCAGCGGCGCGUGCGGUUGUGCGGCUCAAGAACUACUAGAUAUACAUGUUGCAUUCAAUUUUCUUCUAAAAUGUGUGUGGAACUGGCAGUGAGGUGUGCUGCUGCUCUUGAGAAAAGGAAAAGGAAAAACAAGUGAGAAGCGAGUGAGAAAACUGUGCCAUCGAGCCAGCGAAUUGGCACAGUUUGCAAUAUGAUUGUUAUAUAAAAAUCCAUUAGCCAUCGGCCCGACGUUUCGACCCAUUUGCGAGCGACCCCAGAACUUGUUCGCCUAUCAAGGACACAAAUCUCUUUCACUCGAGAAGUGAGUCACCCAAAACAGACCCAUAAACGGCGGCGGCUUCUAGUAAAAGUGGAGCAGCAAUAAUAGGAAAUGUAAGAUGAAAAAGCCAAGACAGAAGACCCGUAGACAGCUAAAAGUGUAUGAGUAGUUGUCAUGCUUUCAUUAGCAGCCACAAAGGAAAAUAUAGAACAUUUCAAUGAAUGUGCUCCAGUGCCUCAAAAUCAAUUCGAUUCGGUGGCUAAAGUGACCUGUGACUAGUGAUCGGUGACCUUAAAAGAUGCAGUUCUUCUGGCUGCUCUUUGUCUUCUGGAAUUUCAGUCAAGGAAAUGCCAGCAUCCUGAACACUCUCCUGGGAGUGCCCGCCGAAUGCGUCCAUCAAAGUGGCGUCUGGCCCUGUAAGCUGAGCUUCUCCUGCUGGUUGCAGGGCGGCAAGCAUGCCCGGGGCUGUGGCAGCAACAAGUGGCUCUUCAGCUGCUGCAUCGCUGAGGCACAGCCAACGCACCACAGCUCGUCGCCCCUGGCCAAUCUGGUCGACUACGGGAAGCUGAAACUGAGCCUCUCUAGUCUUCCCAAGCGAAUAAUGCUCCGAAGACGCGACGAUAACGAGCUCCUCAAUUUCAAGCCCGAGUGCGGACUUCCUCGAACGGCGCAGAACAGUCUACAAAAGAGAAUUAUUGGCGGACGACCAGCCCAGUUUGCAGAGUAUCCGUGGCAGGCACAUAUCCGUAUCUCAGAGUUCCAGUGCGGUGGCGCCCUCAUUUCAGCCAACAUGGUCGCCACGGCGGCCCACUGCAUCCAGCAGGCCCAGUUGGCGGAUAUAACGGUCUAUUUGGGGGAGCUAGACACCCAGGAUCUGGGUCACAUCCAUGAGCCAUUACCCGUGGAGAAGCACAGCGUCCAGCAGAAGAUCAUCCACCCGCGCUUCAACUUUCGGAUGACCCAACCAGAUCGCUAUGACCUGGCGCUGCUCAAAUUGGUCCAGCCAACGUCCUUCAGCGAGCAUAUCCUGCCGGUCUGCCUGCCACAGUAUCCCAUUCGGUUGAUUGGACGAAAGGGACUCAUAGCAGGAUGGGGAAAAACAGAAGCACAUAUGGGCCACACCGGCACCAACAUGCUCCAAGUGGCAAGUGUUCCAAUUAUAACAACGUUGGAUUGUAUUCGCUGGCACGAAAGCAAGCAGAUAAAUGUGGAAAUAAAAGCGGAAAUGUUUUGUGCCGGUCACCCCGAUGGCCAUAUGGAUGCGUGUCUGGGUGAUUCUGGAGGUCCUUUGGUUAUUAAAGAGCGAGGACGCUUUGUGCUCGUGGGAAUCACCAGUGCGGGCUUUGGCUGCGGAGUGGACCAUCAGCCAGGCAUUUAUCACAACGUUCAGAAGACUGUGAGGUGGAUACAGGAAGUGCUGGCACGCAACGAAUCAUAACCGCAAUCCCCUCCGAAUGGCAUGCAACCCAUCUCAAUAGUUUACGGCUCGUAGGCUUAGGCAAUGAAAAUGUGCAAUCCAAAACAAAAGAGCGCAAUAUAUUUAUUAGAUUU